AUGGAUGUAUCCUUCCGUGAAGCUGAACCAUAUUAUUCUAAAGGACUUCCAACCACUACUUUUCAGGGGGAGAAUUUUAGUCAAGGAAAUGUGUUGCCAGAAGGUGGCAAUGAUGAUGGCAAUAAUGAGUUUUUUAAACUAGAAGAAAUAAUUGAGAGGCUUACCAACAAUAGUACACUUGAGGAGUUACCAGGGGGGACAAACAAUGUUUUAGAACUAGAAGCAGUAACUGAAAUGCUUGGAAGAAGUCACACUCGUGAGGGGUCACCAAUAAAUAUCGAGUUGCCUCUAUUAACACCAUUACCUAAUGAAUUCACUCAGAAUGUUGAACCUCAGGAACUCUUAAAUCCCAUAUCUAAUGAGUCCAAUGUUAUUUCUGAUAAAACUCUUGUCUCUCUUGAAAGUUUAGUUCCAAGAUAUUCACAAAGAUCAAAUAAAGGAAAGAGGACAAUUGGUUGUCGAUGGGUAUUCACUGUGAAACUCAAAGCAGAUGGUAACAUUGACAGAUAUAAAGCACGGUUGGUUGCUAAGAGGUAUACACAGAAAUACAGGGUGGAUUACCAAGAGACUUUUGCACUAGUGGUUAAGCUUGACACAAUACGCAUUCUUCUGCCUCUAGCAGAAUAUCAGGAGUGA